AGUGUACAAGUGCACAUUUAAUACACAUAAGUGCACUUUUUUUCUGUUGUAGUAUAAAUUUCUUCACAUCACCUGCAAUAGUGAGCUCUUUUCUGUCAAUAUAGUAGUCUGUUGUUAUUUACCUUUGCAUUAGUUCCAUUUUAACACCAUUGCAACCUAAACAUCGUCAAACAGCACCGGUGUCUGCUGGGUAAUUCAAUUCCUUUUUUGUGUGCGACAGAGUAAACCUGCUUUGACGUGAACGCUCCUCCUACUCUCUGUUCCCCAUUUCUCACAUACACGCCAUGUUUGUCCACAUGCACACUCAUGUUUAGUGUUGUAAACUGUUUGGCAUGGAUACGCUGUAGCUGAAUGCAGUCAUGUACAGACAUCUUGCUGUUUUGCGGAGGAACUGCAGUGUUGCCUAGAUCUUUUCAGUGUUUGGAGUAAAUAAAGCUGCCACCCAUACAAAAUGAGCCCAAGAGAAGAUGCCCCUGCAGACCGCGGCUGCUUCGUCGGGAUCAUAUUCUUCAUCCUUGGCCUGGGAACGCUGUUACCAUGGAACUUCUUCAUGACGGCGUCUAUGUAUUUCAACAACAGACUCAACACGUCUGAAUGGAGUAAUGGAACAGUAACCACCAGGAAGGAGUAUUAUUUUGAUAACUGGAUGACUCUGCUAUCCCAGCUGCCUUUGCUGUUGUUCACUUUGCUCAACUCUUUUCUCUAUGGAUGGAUCUCGGAGAAGAUGAGGAUAGCGGGCAGUCUAGUCUUCAUCCUCUUCUUCUUCAUCCUCACUGCUGUGCUGGUGAAGAUCUCAAUGGAGGAAGACCGCUUCUUCUCCGUCACCAUGGCAACCAUCUGGUUUAUCAAUUCGUUCGGGGCCGUGUUACAGGGAAGUCUGUUUGGUUUGGUGGGUUUGUUGCCGCAGAAGUACAGCGCCGUCUUUAUGAGCGGACAGGGACUCGCUGGGACAUUUGCUGCUUUUGCAAUGAUCUUCGCCAUCGCAAGUGAAGCUGAUAGUGAGUCUGCAGCUCUGGGUUAUUUCAUCACUCCGUGUGUCGGGACCCUCAUCACGCUCUUCAGUUACAUGCUUCUUCCAAAGCUGGAGUUUGCUAGGUUUUACCUGCACAGCAAAAGCAAGAGUUACGAGCUUCAGACGUCCAGCCGGCUGCUGCCUACAGGUGACUCUGUUCCUCCAGGUGAUGUUGAAGACUCUGAGAAGACCAGUGAUCCGACUAUUGGCUCUGUGGCAAAUGGGAAUCCUAAUAAAGGUGUGAGUGAAGAGGAGGGUGUCAGACAGGCCUUCAUCCCGCUGCAGUCAGAAAACACGUCCACGCAGAAGAGCUCCAUCCUGGAAGUCUUCAAAAAGAUUUGGCUCAUGGCGUUUUGUGUGACGUUUGUGUUCACAGUUACACUGUCAGUUUUUCCUGCGAUUACUGUGGAUGUGAAAACUGUGUAUGGAGGAAAAUGGGAACGAUACUUCAUUCCUGUUUUUUGUUUUCUCUUUUUUAACAUGAUGGACUUUACUGGCAGAACUGUCACAGUAUUUUUUAAGUGGCCCUCUAAAGACAGUCGUUUGUUCCCGCUGCUGGUGGUUUGUCGAGUGAUCUUCGUCCCGCUGCUCAUGAUGUGUAACGUGCAGGAGAGACACUACAUGCCUGUGCUCUUCUCAAACGACUUCAUAUUUGCCACAAUCAUGGUGUUUUUCUCCGUGUCCAGCGGAUACUUUGUGUGUCUGUCCAUGACCUACGCGCCACAGCUUGUGGAGCCUAAAGAUGCAGAGACGGCCGGUGCGCUGAUGACCUUUUUUCUGGCUCUGGGUCUGUCGUUGGGAGCAGCGUUGUCGUUUCCUCUGCGUUUCCUGGUCUGACGCUCACGAGCUCACUCUCAGAUCCUCGGCUCGCCGGACGCCUGCGGCAGCGCUUGUGUGUCAGUCUGAGCUCUAACUGUUCACGCUAAUCAGGCAAAUUCAUUAAGGGAAGCAGCGGCAUUCCACCGUUUUAUUCGGCAGCUAAAAACAUGCUGUACAGAAUCAGAAUGCUGUCCUACAGGGAGAAAUUAAUCAAACAAACUCAAAAACAAAAAAGGGAAAAAAAUGUAUAACUCCAAUGGCAACAGCAGUUUUCUUGUUUUAAUUUGAUAAAGAAGCAUCUCUUGAUUAUUUAAACCUAGCUUUGUACUGUGUUUUACUCUUAGCAUUAAACAGAUAUAUAUACAUGUAGAAUAUCAGGACACCGGGAACAAAAAGUUUUGAUAAAAAUAAAUCGUCAAUUUUUUUUUUUUUUUUUUUUUUUUUUUACUUAUUCCCAGCUCUAGUCACUAGCACUAUUGUUACUGUUGUGAAUGAAUAUAAGAUGAUCUUCAGACAGUGGACACUUGUGACCAUGAACAGGAGAUUUAAGGGACAACCCUUGUAUUCAGGGAAUUAAGUUUUUUAAAGGGACAUUAUUAUUUACAUUUCUUAUAAUGGAAUCUAUAUGGAAUAUUACAUAUGUAAAAUGCAAUCAUAUACAUCAAAGUUUCUCUGAUUCUGCACUUUUUCUAGGUCACUAAUUGCAAAAGCAAAAAAAAAAAAAAAACGUAUAACAACUAUUGUACAAAAUGUCAGAUUUUCUUGCAUUAGAGCGUACAACAUGCUCUUGGCUCAAGUCAUGCUGGGAUAGCAUGAGUGAUCAGGUUUAACGUUCCUUCAGCAUUUCAAAUUAUGCUGAUAAUGGGA